AUGAAGCCCCUCAGACAAUGUUGGAUGACACUUUUUGAGUGGAUAACCGUAUGGUUCAAACAUGUUUUCUCGAGGUUUUGCGGUGCUUUUCUAUCCAUUACAACUUGGAUAACACCAAAUGGUAUCACAGAUGGAGGGUCAUGUAAACCAGACCCAGAGGAGUGGGAAACCAAUGAAGUCCAGCGCACAUAUUGCAGCGGAGACAAAGAUGAAACCAUGGUAACAGUCCAAACAAGACCACAUGCUUUCUAUGUAAGUAAGAAACGGUAUUUGCGAGCCAAUAAUUAACCAGAGGCUAAAGUAAAUUUGACGUGGUAUUUCUAUUUUUGAGGUUGACCUUGGGAGACUCUCAGAGUGCAGUGAGUACUUUCGAGCCCUGUCCCAGUCCAGGAUGAGAGAAACCUCACAAAACCUCAUUCACCUGGACCACGUGUCCUCCUCAGUCUUUCAUAAUCUCCUAGAGUUCACCUUCUAUAACAAUUUUGAAGUCCUUGAGGAGGAGUUGGGCGCACAUAUCCAGGUAUACAGACUAUAUUUUACUCAUCUGAUCUUUCUGGUUUCUCAAACUGACCUUUUCUCACCCCUGUUUUUGCCUCUGGAGGUCAGCAGUUAUCUCCUGGCUGAGGCCUUUCUUUCAAAGUGCCUGUCAGUGCUGACAGAUCUUCUCAGCCCAGCGAACUGUCUGUCCUACCUGAGUCUGGCGCAGGAGCUCUGCUGUGUGGAGCUGAAGAUAACCGUUUUCACCUUCCUGAGCCAAAGCCUGCUGGAGCUUCCUCACCUUAUCAGGUAAUUAACACCCAACACUAUAUUUAAAUGUCAAUUAAUUUGGCUUAGCUACAAAGACUGAGCUUGCUGUGUUUCUUUCUCCUAACUUCCUGAUGCACACAUAGGAGUUUGAAUGAGGAAGAUCAGGCUGAGGUGGUCCGUCUGAGAACACAAGGAGUCCCAUGUCUCUGCUGUCUUAGAAAAGAAAACCUGACCUCCUGGAAAGACCCAGAAACAGAGCGUGCCCGGCAUAUGUUCACUCUCAAAGGAUCAGAGGACAGUGGAGAUUGGCUUCCUGUUACAGAGCUUCCUUUCAGGGCGGAUAAGUGGUGUUUCACUACAGUGGUCCUCCAUAACUACCUGUACAUUAUAGGAGGAUACCGACAUCGUGAGAAGAGAGGCUGGGAGUUCAAGAUGGCCUCCUUUAGAUAUAAUCCAGUUUCUCAUACAUGGGUGUCCACUGCUCCCCUGAUUAAGGUUAGACAGCUCCCUAGCUUGUGGUAAGGAAACUUUCCAUCUAUUUCUCUGUCUGUAACCAUCUGCUGCAUCUACAGCACCGAAGGCACUUCAGCGCAGUGGCCUGUGAGGGGAGUAUUUACGCGGUGGGAGGCUGGUACUUGGACUCAUUGGUGACUCCUGACUCCUGCACUGCUCUUUACACAGCUGUGGAGCGCUAUGAUCCCUGGGAGGACACGUGGAGGUUUGUGACCAAGAUUUUUCCAUACUGAGCAAUAGUAUGUUUCCUCCCUGAAUGAUUUGUUUUACCUCAUGUCUUCUUUAGGUUUGUCUCCUCGCUGCCGCUCACUGACUUCCAGUUCACCAUGUCCUUGUCCCAUGACGUGCCCCUCGCCACCAGCCUUGAACACUGUCUCUAUGUGCUGGGCAGCAUCCAGAGGACGGGAGAGAAAUUGCUGCUACAGUACGACACAAGGCAAGGUAAAGCAGAGUAAUGUAGCAUGUUUUGUUUGGCAAGAGAAGUAGAUCCGUUUUUUUUUUUGGUGUAGAAACCUCAGAAUCAGAAUCCAGACCACAUUACUGCAGAUCCAUGAGAACAAUGUGAUUCUUUAUUCUCUCUGUCGGACAGACUCAUGGUGUGAACUACUUCCCACCCUCACCAGAGCAGACGCAGACCUCCCAGCUCUUUACUUCCUGGGUGCCACUGACAAGUUGCACGUGAUUGGUGGGAACAACUCUGGGAAUGUGGUGACAUCAUUCUGUGUGCAGUCACAGACAUGGGGAGAGGUGAGAGGAGACAAAAAAACAUUUCCUGUUCAAUACUAUUUCAUGUGUGUUGUGUUAAUUUCAGACAAAAUCUUGACUCAUUUUUUUUCUCUUAAGGUGCUCGAAGCUGAGAAAGUGGCAUUGGCAGGACAGGGGACGGUUACCGGGGACCAGGUUUUAAUGACGAGUAUAGAGCACAAUGCUGUAGCAAGACUGGACCUCCAAACCCUCUCCCUCAAAACUUUUCCCCCUCUACCCAUCUCCACUCGAUAUGAAUCUGUUUUCUAUCUUUACUUUGAAUGA